CUUCCAGGCGCCACCACUGCGGGUUCAGGCUGUCAAUCACGUCGUUCGUCAGUCAAUUCAUCGUCUGUCCGCGGUCGGGUUCCUUUGCCUUCGGUGCUGCCCGGACCUCUCUUUGUUGAAGCCUCGUCAUCCUCAGUCUGAGCUCACUUGCCUUGAGACACAAGCACUGUUGACAUUGCUUCAGCGCAACCUGCUUUCUCCUGCCCACCCAUUGCUUGCGCCCUGCUGUGCACGCCUUAUCUCCGGUUGCAGUGUCACGAGUCGCCUGUGGCGGUUGCGGUUACGUGCCCACCCACCCCCGGCACCUGCAGCAUCGGCGCAACACUCUCCCGCCAGGUCCCCUGACUCCUCCGUGUCGCCACCCGCCGCCAACUCUCACCUGGCCUCUCCUUUCACCAUCCAUCACCAUCAUCACCAGUCCAUCAGUCCCAACCGUCACUCCUUUCAGCCACCGACUCGUGCGCGCGGCAUCACCCACCCACCCACCAUGGCUCGGUACGAGCGGGUCAACACUCAGGACGACGACGUCGACAGCCCCGUCCAGCGCACCCCAAACUCGCCUCCGCCAUCGUUUCAUUCCCGCAGCUCCUCAAACGAGCGCCGCCACAACCCCGUCGACUCAACUCUUGCCGACGCUUUCGAUGCCGACGGCGACGACAGCGACGACGAGCCUGAUGACAGGCAGCGCCUAGUUCGCGGCGGCAACUCUGGCCCCGUCUCGCGAUCAUCCACGUUCGAAGUCCCCGCGCCCUCAGCGAAUGGCUAUAGUGCUGUCUCGACUGGCGCGGCACCACAGCCGACUGCGCGCCCUUCGCAGCCAACUGCCGCGAGCGCCGCCAACGGCUCGAGGGUCUACGGUGGUGGCAUUCAAUCAGAUGGAGUGUUCUCGAAUAUGACCGCUAGACCGGAGAGGGGAGGCGAGAAGAUUGUAGAGGAGCAACCGCCGACCUACGAGCAGGCAGCCGCCGACUCGGCGCCACCUUACUGGGAGACAACCAUUCUGGCUCCUGGCCUUGGUGGUCCCGACGAAGUCUACAUAGACGGCAUGCCAGUUGGCUCAGUCUUCAGCUUCAUCUGGAACGGCAUGAUCAGCAUGUCUUUCCAGCUCGUCGGUUUCCUCCUCACAUACCUCCUCCACUCGUCCCAUGCUGCCAAGAACGGGUCUCGUGCCGGCCUUGGUGUCACUCUGAUUCAGUACGGCUUUUACAUGAAGAGCGCCAACAGCGACGGCGGCAGCAUGGAGGGCUCGCCCUCGGACGGCUAUGCCCAACCACCAGACCCCAACAGCCACGACUUUGACCCCAACACUGUCAGCGGCGAAGGCACCUCUCUGGUGGACAAGCUCAGCAGCAGUGACUGGAUAGCGUACGUCCUGAUGAUUGUCGGCUGGUUCAUCCUCAUCCGAGCAGUUAGCGACUACAUCAGAGCCCGUCGGCAUGAGCAGCUGGUCCUGCAGAGUCCUGACAGGGGUCUUGGCGUUCCCAUCAUUGCUGAAGGCGAGAGUCCGGACCGGGUUGUCUGAGCGAACAUUAGCCUCUGCAUUCUGGGCCGAAGCUCAGUUGAGCAUCCGUUUUUUUUUAUCGGCCGCAUAUACUUUGGGCCUUAUAGCAUGGCGUCGGGCUGUUUAUUGUUUACCAUUACACCACCACUGAUGGACGUUUUCUUUUUUUAUCUCAUGGUUGCGGCGUAUAUAGCCACCCACGUGCACACCAUCAGCGGCACCAGCAUUUUCCUUGAGAGCGGAGAGCUCCACGUGAGCGACCAAAAUAUAUGAGCUUGAAAUACAAGGAUCCAACCAUACAAUCCAUUGACUCGUGGUAUUUGUCCCUCAAAGGAUGUUAGUUCUAGGAUAGGAGAGAUACCCUUUCAACAAUGACUGCCUCGAA